AAAAUCCUGUAUAAAUUUAUAACUUUAUCUCUUUCAACUUAAAAUUAACUUUGAAUAAACUAGAUCUUCAGUAUGCUUUUAUGGGGAUAUGCUUUAAAUAUAACGUGCAUUUUGUACAUUCAAUACAAUGGCGCGGGUCCGAAACCUUUGAUAUUUAAACCAAAUGAAAUUGACGGUUUUUUGGGAUAUGAUCUCGUAGAAAGCAAUUAUUCUAGCAAUUUAAACUUAAACGACACCAUUAUAUUGAUCUGUCCCAAUAGUAAAAUAAUUGUAGACGACAAAAAAUUAUCAAAAGAAGCUACAAAUGCAACUUGCUACAAAAAGGACCAUUAUUACUUGGACGUUUUUAAAGGGACGUCACCCCUUCGUGCAAUAAAAUGUGAAACUUACCCAUUGCCUAAAAUUAGAAAAACUAAUCGAAUUUGCAAUAAUAAUUAUCAAGAAUUGGCUAUUGGCAUAAAAAUUGAAGAUACUUAUUUAGACAUUAUAAACUUCUGUUUUGAUGCUAUUUUUCAAAGGACUUUGUAUGCAAAAUUUACAAUAAAACCCUACAGCAAAUACCAUUUCGAGACCAAGAAGACAAAUACGAGAUAUAAAUGGUCUCAGGAUGGUAAUAUAUACCAUUUAGGGAAAAUAACAUUUGAUAAAAUCUAUCGCAAGUUUGCUUAUAAAAAAUAUAUCAACAUGCAGUUAGGACUUCCCCAAGAAAGCAAAGAUUAUAUAGAAGACGGAUCGAUUAUGAGCAAAGUUAUUGUUAAGGGACAACUGGUUUCCAAAUCCGACUUUUUUUACGAAGCCUUUCAAUCACUGACCCACCAUUAUGUUAACACGGCCCCACAGUGGAUGAAUCUCAACAUGGGAAAUUGGUUACAUUUAAGGAAAUGUAUUAAAAAAUUUCUUAACAUGUAUGGAAUGGAUCUGAUGGUGUAUUCUGGUACCCAUGGGUUUUGCCAAUUGCCAGAUUCAGAAGGAAUACCACAGCAACUCUAUUUGUAUAUUGACGAUUUCAAUAACAAAUAUUUUCCGGUGCCUCAGCUCUUUUGGUUAGUGCUGUACGAUCCUAACAUCAGGGCUGGAGUUGCCUUUGUAUCAGUCAACAAUCCUUAUUUAUUUGUUUAUCAGGAAGACGUUUUAUGCCGUGAUAUUUGUAAAAAGUUACCCUGGAUAACAUGGGACGCCACCAAUGCUGCAAAAGGGUACUCUUACUGUUGUGAAGUAGACGAAUUGAGAAAAAGUGUUGAAGAAAUUCCUAACGACUUUAUUGUAGAUAGGCUGUUGCAUUAAUUAAUUACUUGGGCAUAUAAUUGACCUCAAAACAAUGAAUAUUAAGUUAAACGCAAAGUUUUCGUUGUAUUGUACAUUUUAUUACAAUUUUAAUUUACAUAGGGUAUGUAUUUUUUACACAGUAAAUGUAUUGUAUGUAUUACAAAGACAAGUUUAUGACUAGGAUUAGUAAGAGCACUUAGUACUUACUUCGAAACACUAAAAGUCAUAAUGAUUUUGCGCAGUGUUAUCUUUUUCUAUUUAAAUAUACAUAGAUAAAAAAUGUCUACUUAUGUAUGUGUUACACAAAAAAGAGGAACUAUAAAAAAUGCUACUAUCUAAUCUAAAGAUAAGUAAAAAAAUAACGCAAGCAGUUAUACACCGUGUAUAAAAAAUAAUUUUGCCAGAAAAACUCAAACUAUUACCUUUUUUAACAAAAUAAACCUUUCUUUCCGAAUUAUUAUCACAUUAGGUAACUUAGAGGGUAACUAAAAAUCAAUUCAAUUUUAGAAGCCAUAAAAAGACAUAUUUUCCCUACCAGUUUUGCUUUUUUCAAAUCAUAGUACAGUGUUCAAAUUAUAUUAAAUAAAACAUGCAAAAUAAUGAUUAGCAGAUAUAUAUAAAAAAUAUAUAUUCAUAUUUCCUUCUGAGUCUUAAAAACUAUUUUUUAAGAACGAUUAAGAUUAAUUCCCUGGAUUAAUAAUAGACAAGUAAGAAGAAAUGCAUAGUUACUUAAGCAUGCAAAAUAAUCUAUUAAGUACUCGUUAUUAAUACUCAGAAAUAGAUUACUUGCGAAUACAUUAAGAUGUGUAAUAAAUAAUAAUUUCAAGAUAUAAAAAAAUAAGAAGAAAGAUUCGUUGAAUAACUAUAACAUUUUGUUAGUUCUCAGCAGUGUUAAUGUAUAAAUUUUAAACAUUUACAGUAAAAAACACAAAAACAAAAACUUAGAUUGGGUUAGCAAGCAUUAUUUAACCCAUUUUUAGUUACAAUUAAUACGAUCAACGUAAUACUGUAAAAAAAUAAUCAUUAAGGCAGAUGUGAAACAUCGAAAUUGAUUUUUGUAAAUAAGGAAGUGAAAGAUGAAAACAUCGGACUAGUCACGAGACUACCCGAAGCGUCGUCCUGUCUUGCCACGCUUGAGUCUUACCCCUUAGGCGCGCCAAAGAUGUUUCACAUCAAAAAAGAAAUUCAUGUCUCGUACAUAUAUCACCCAGAAUAAUAAUCUUCCGUUAAAUUUAUUAAAAUAAAAAUAUAAUAUACAAUAAUAAUAUAUACACAUAAUUAUUUUAUCACAAAUGAAUAUCUGUUAAAUUUAGAGUUGUUGGCACUGACAAAUCAACUGUAAAUCACGUAAUCGUUUUAAUAACA